AUGGUAGAGAACAGAAUGGGGUUGAAUAACCUGUUGCAACAACGAUACGGCACAAGUGCUGCUUCUCGCUUGCGAUGGGAAAGUGUCAAAUAUGGGGAUGAUCAUAAUCCUACUUGGACUUUUAUUGUCUAUAUCGAUAAUAUUGAGUACGGACAGGGUUCUGGCAGUGACAAGGGGUCUGCGAAGGAGAUGGCAGCAGGAGUUGCCCUUAUGCAGCUUCGAAGGCAGUGGGCUCAUCUAUUGCUCUAG